AUGGGAUGGGAUGAGAUAGGAUCGGGAUGGGCUGGGCAAGCUAUUGGUAACGUUGCGGAGUUAAUUAAUUCGCCGCUGGUACCAGGCAAAAGAACGAGCGUUAGAUUCGGUAAUGGCAAUGGUUCGUUGGAUCUUAAUUUUCUUCGGGGAAGGACGCUGUUGAUAAGACCAGACGGACGGGCGGCUUUGACGGAUAGCUUCCAAGGUUAUGCGAGCAAAGUGAUGGAUCUGGGCUGGAACUCGCUCGGGAGAUUAAGUCGAUUUGAAGAUUGA